AUGAGACUGUCCACUCCACUCCUAGUCGUCUUUCAAGUUGCUACUGCAGCCUCCAGCGCUGUCUAUGAGAGACAGACUGGCUGCACUGCUUCCGCUCCGGGCUUUGCGUCUCUCAACGGCGGCACAACCGGCGGUGCUGGUGGAACAACCGUAACUGUCACCACCCAAGCUGACCUUGAGAAAUACGCCAGUGCAUCUGGCAAGUACGUGAUCAAAGUCAGUGGGCGCAUCACAGUUACGCCAUACGGGAAGGAGAUCAAAGUCUCCAGCGACAAGACCGUAAUUGGUGUCGGUACCUCUGGUGAGCUCUACCAGGGCGGCCUGGGUCUGAACAGCGCGAAGAACGUUAUCAUCAGGAACCUCAAGAUCGGCAACACCAACCUCGGCGACGGCGUCGAGAACGACCGCGAUGGCGUCCAGGCUGACACUGUGAGCAACAUCUGGAUCGACCACUGCCUCUUCGAGAACGGCGGCGACGGCUUGAUGGACCUCCGCAAAGACACCACCUACUUCACCGUCUCCAACAACAUCUUCCGCAACCACGACAAGACUUUCGGAAUCGGCUGGACUGACAAUGUUACGGCGCGCGGCACUAUCAACCACAACUGGUUCGACAGCACCAACCAGCGAAACCCGAGCGCCGACAACCUCGCUCAAGUUCAUCUAUACAAUAAUUACCUGUACGGCGUCACUUCUUACGGCCACUACGCUCGCGGCAGCAGCAAUGCGAAAGUGGAGAACGUCUUUUUCGAAAACACCAAGAACCCCUUGACCAAGGACUCCAGGGCUGUGCUCAACGCUUCUGGGAACACUUACAAGAGCUGCACUGGUACUAUUGCCUCUAACUCUGGAAGUGGAUUCACUCCUGGCUACUCUUACACGCUCACUGCUACUGCUGAUGUUCCUGCCUAUGUGAAGGCCAAUGCGGGUCCGAAGGCUUCCGUUUGCACUUGA